AUGACAGAAUUUUGCAAAUAUCCUGAAGAGAUGGCCUUGCAAAUCUUAUCAAGGAUGCCACCUAAAACUUUGAUGCGAUUCGUGUGUGUCCGUAAGUCAUGGUGCACAUUGAUCAACAGUCCCAGCUUCGUAGACAAACAACUUUCUAAUUCCUUGCACAACAAGCAGUCCACAUGCAUCUUUUGCAAGCGUUACGUCUUCAGAGAUAUCGCCAAUAAAGAUGUCGAAUCUAUAAUUUCAUUGAUUACUUUUUCCUAUGAUGAAGUUGGCGAUAAUGACCAUGAGCAUAUCUCUUAUUCUAUCCAAGACAUCGAUCUCCCGCUUUCUAUGAGUGGAGUACCGAAGACCUAUAGAAAUGAGCCUGAGCUUCUCGGGGCUGUAUAUAUUGUUGGGCAUUGUGAUGGAAUCAUCUGUUUAGUCCAUAAAGAGAUUGUCUUAUGGAAUCCAGCAAUUAGGCAAUACAAGGUUCUUCCCAAACCGCUCCUUGACGAGGGGGUCAUUAAUUCUCUAGGAUUUGGCUCUGAUGCCAAAUCUAAAGAUUACAAAGUUUUUAGCUUUCCAACUUUUGGUGGGGAUCGAUCGCAAGAUGGGGAACGUGAAUAUAGUUUUCCUCCACAGGUUCAACAAUACAGCCUGAGUACGGACUCGUGGACAGAGAUCGAUGCCAGUCGUUUAGAGACUGAAACUACCGAUGUGUAUCCUCAAUUUUUUCAGAUGUACUUCAACGGAAUUUGGUAUUGGAUCGGAUGUGAGCAACAAAAAGAAUUUAUGUGUGUUUAUGAUACCAUGGAUGAGGAAUGGGUGAGGCAGGUGAUCAUUGUGUUUGAUACGAAUCAUCAAAUGUUUGAAGACAUGCUAUUUCCAAAUAGUUUGUAUGGCCCGAUGGUUCCGUGUUUAGAAAUGCGGAUUAUUGUGUGGAAUGAAUCAGUUGCGCUUUUUGGUCAGUACUUUUAUAGUGACGCUGAUGAUUUAUUUGGAUUGUGGGUGAUGGAUGAUAUUGUCAAGGGUUCUUGGACAAAACAAUUCACCCUACAGGCCAUAGUUGGGGCUCGGAUGGUUUUGGAACUUUGGAAGAGCGAUGAGAUUCUUAUGGUGGCCAAUGACAACCGUAUAUUCUCCUACAAUAUUAGAACUGAAGAGAUUAUAUAUCUUCCCAUUAAAAGUACGUAUCCAACUUUUUCCGCAACUAUUCUAUGCAUAAACAGUAUAGUUCCAGUUAUUCAUGGCAGGCAACAAGAGGUAUAG